AUGGGAAAGAGCUUGAGUCGGAUACGAUGCCACCCGGCAUGUGGCCCAGCAUGCUUCGGCAUCAACGUGGACACGACGGAAUAUGGGGACGCCGAGCGAGGGGUGGCCACGGAUGACUCCCACGAGGUUAACGUGCCGUUAAGAGAGACGACUGCGCGAAGCACAGGGUAUCGGCAUGCACCUCGAUCGUGUGCAGAGGUGCCCUCGAGCGAGAGUUCCCAGACGAUGGACCAGCUCGCCGCUUGCAUCCGCAUGAACUUCUGCAAGAGCAGACGUGCCCAGAUUCUGUCUGGCAUCUGUGCGCUCGUAGCGGUUCUCUUGCUGCUUGCGCUUGUAAAGGUCUUCAUCGAGAUUCGCUCCAUGCGGACUGGGGGCCUCGGUGUAGACGAGCCUGACGUCGGCUUGAAGUAUGACUGUGAGGACGGUCUGAACGUUUGGGAAGUCGAAUGGAGCACCCGCAAGAUGGACUGGUGCUGUUGGAAUUACGGUGUGGGAUGCAUGCACUUCAACUGCGAAGGACAUGAGACUUCCUGGACGGACUUGCAGAGCAAGUGGUGCUGCGAAGUCCGGGGCAUGGGCUCCCAGUGCGUGGCCAUGUCCCUUCCUUUUGACUGUGGCCAAAACCUCGGCAGCUGGAAAAGCUGGCACCCAGAGAAGAAGCAGUGGUGCUGCGACUACCAGGGGCUUGGUUGUGGCGAGGAGUUCGAGGACAGCAAGGAGAAGGCAUCCGUGGCCAAGGCCGCUGCAGACGCGGCCCCCAAAACGCCCGGGGAGGCACCGUCGGAGACCGGCUCGGAGUCGGGCUCUGUCUCCACCACCCUCUUCACAAAGUGCCAGUCCGAGUGUGUCAUCGACGAAGUGCAGGCAACCUGUUCCGACUGGGUCGUGGACUUUGCGAAGGUGGCCUACAGAGGACAGCACAACGCAUGCGGCCAGGCCUACUCCCUCACGAGGGUGAAGUGUGGCAAAGCGUGCGACGAGUGCCCGAUCGACCUCAUCAACUGCGAGUUUCUCAACAGCUUGCCGCCGAAGAGUCCGGAUGCAGAUGAGAGCACACCGGAGGGAGGCACAGCGGAGGGGAGAGCCAAGAGCAUCAUGGCCAUCGUGACCACGACCACGACGACCGCGGUGAACGGAUGCACGGACGGCUGUGUCGUCGACGGCUCACGCACUUCCUGUGCCGACUGGGUGAUGACCUUCGCCAAGCAGGCCUACCAAGGGCGGCCCGACAUUUGCCCACAGGCCUACACUCGGAUGCGGGUGGAGUGUCCGUCAGCGUGCAGCCGCUGUGCUCUGGACGCCAUUGACUGCAAGGCCAUCAACGGCUUGCCGCAGCCGCCGACGACGCAGAUCGACACAACCACAACUGAGACAACGACUGAGGCAGUGCCAACUACCACCCCACUCGCUGCCAAGGCUGUCUUCAUCUACACGACCACCACAACCACCACAACCACCACGACCACCACGACCACAACGACCACCACGACCACAACGACCACAACCACCACAACGACGACCACCACAACGACGACGACCACCACCACAACAACCGCAUUCACCCCAACCACCGCUGCAGCGGCGCAGGCAUACAGAGAAGGACAGGAAGAGGCGUCUGCAGAGCAACAUGAUGCUGAGCAGUGGGCUUUGGAGCAGGCUCGGCAACGGGCGGCCGCGGAGCCAAAGGCGGGAGAGCAAAGGGCUCCUCGGCAGCCUUCGGAGGAGCCCUCUGAAGCUCAAGAGGAGCCUUCUGAGCAUGAUUGCUCCGCAAACACGGAGAACUGGAUGGAGAUGUGGUCCUUGGAGAAGAAGCUUUUCUGCUGCCGGAAUGGCGCCAUGCAGUGUCCCUUUUGA